CUAUAUCAUCUUUUUCAUCUUUUCGUGUCGUUGGCAGCCUGCAUCUUGAACAAUAUGUCCGAUGUAUUUCGUACAUUAUACUUGUUCGAUUGACGAAAAUAGGAAUAAUAAGGACGAGAAACAUUUAUGUGGUGAUCGUAUAUUCGUAUUUUAAUUCACGAAGUGCAUUAAUAUUGAUGUUGUUAACUAAAUUAUGUGUAUCAGUGAUUUAAAUUACGAAUUACGGUAACUAAAAUUUCAACAAAUAUUAAAACUAUCAAUGGCAGAAAAAGAAAGGUUACCAUCUUUUUCAGAAAAAGAUGGCACUAAUGUAUCUCAAUCAAAAGAUACUUAUGUUCCGGAAGAACCAACUCUGGAUAUUUCAAUUUCCUUGUUAGACAUACAAAUGUCAGAAACACCAGAAAGUACUAAAGGCCAAAUAAGUGAUGGUGAUACAUCAAGAUUAGAAAGUCCAAAGACAAUAAAACCAGUACUGGGAAAAAUCCAAGCUAAAAAACGAUUAAUGGCAUUUGCUAAUCAGUUCAAAGUAUUAUCUAAAUCUAAUGUUAAGCCAAACUUAUUUCAGCAUUCUAUUGGAACUUUAAAAAUAAAAGAUAAAACUCUGCUGGAUGAUACAAAUAUAAGUAAAUCAAGAAAAAAAACAGAGGAAAAAAUUCUAGCUAUUGAAGAAAUUCGAAGAGAAGAAUCUAAAAGUAAAAUGUUACUUGCAGAAGCUAUGGCAACAGUAAGUAUGGAAGAUGAAAAUUGUACUAGCAAGAAUAUAUCUGGCUUAUUUGAAAAUACAAGAUAUGUGAAAGAAAAAAAUAAACAUGAAAGAACGAAUAAUGAUCGUAAAAAUAAAUCCAUAGAUCAGAAAUAUUCAAAGAGGUAUCGACAUUGUGACAAAAUUAACAAGGAUUUACAUCAAGAUGUGAAAGAUCGAAAUGGAAAUAUAGAACCUUCUAUACAAAAAUCACCUCAGGAUAGAGAAAGACAUAAAAAAGAUAAGAAAAAGAAAGAUGAUAAAGAUAAACGGGAUAAUAAUAAAUCAAAUGCACAUCGUGACAAAAAAGAAGAGGGAAAGGGUAAAAAAGAAAAAGAAGAGGAGACAAGAGAAAAAAAUGAAGGAAUAAAGAAUAAGAAAGAAAAUAUAAAAGAAAGAGGAAAUGAUAUGUUAGAAAUGAAAUUAGAAAGCAAAGAUAAACAGGAUAAAAAUAAGUGGAAAGAAAAGCUAUUAUUGAAAUGUACUUCUUGGGCAGAAAUACGAAAAUCUGGUUUAACUCUUGAUGAUAUCAUUCAUCUUAAAAGGCGUGACAAUUCGGAACGAUCUGUAAAAGUCAGAUUAACGCAAGAUUAUACACGUUAUCUUGAACAAAUGUUAAUGUUAAGUAAUCACCGUCUAAAACGUCAAGCACUGCUUGUUGACGGACUUGAUGGACCCAAAAAAUAUCCGCCUGAAUCAAUUAAGUUGACAAAACGAGCAAGGGGACUUCAAUUAUUGUAUUGUGAAAAUCCACGCGUUUCUCUUUUGUUAAGUAUUUCGCAACUUUUACAAAUCGUCACUCCUGAACGUCGCGAGAGGAUACGGGACAUAUGCGAAGCAUCUUUACCACGGAUUAAUACAGAAGAAAUAGUACAGCAGAAGCGUAAUUGGUAUCAACAAAUAAAUGCAAUUAAAUAUCAUAAAGAUAUCAAAUGGCAAAUGUCUAUACAGUUUCCUAAAUCGAAGUGGGAUAGUGAAGAUGAGGAAACGUCAAUAAUAGCAAAAAGAGAAGUUAAAAAACCAACGAACAAAACGUUACUUGCUUCCAUAAAUCAACAAGAAGAAAAAUGUUCUACUUCUAAUAUAAUGGACGAAAACAAAUUUGAUAACAAUGUUAAAGACAUUAAAGCAGAUAAAGAGGCCAACAAAAAAAUUAUCGAAGAUAUGACAACAAAUGAUGAAACUUCGACAUCUUCUGGAAAUGAAAAAUUAGCUUCAGAAUAUGAACAGUUUAUGAAAAUGGUAUGCACCGCUGAUAUGACUAAAGAAUAUUCACCAAAGAAAAAUCCCAUUAAGUCUACUUCACACAGCUAUCACGAAUUUAAUAUAGAAUCUAAUUUAAUUGAAGAUAAUACAAAUAUGGAAAUAUUGUUGAACAAUAAAUUUGAUGAAAAAGAUAAACUACAAACUUUAGAAGGAUUAAUCAAGAGUACAGAAUGUGAGGAAUCUACUCUUUCAACAGAUUGUCAAAUACCACUACUUAAUGAGCAUAAUAUGCAAACUGAACAUAUAAAUAAAAAUAGCGAAUCUGAAGAUUCCAAAUCAAUACCAAGUGAUUGGGAAAAUGUUAGAAUCAAAGUAGAGAGAUUGAGUGAUGAGAACAGUGAAUCUAAAGAAAUAAAAAAGAAAACAAAAAAAAUGACAGUUAGCAGCGAUUCAUCUAAUAUUUCUUUAGAGUCGGAAAAACAUAAGAAAAAGAAACGCAAACGAAAAAUACUAAGUAACUCAUCUUCUUCAGAUUCAGAUAGCACAGAUAGUAGUAGCAGUAGUAGCGACUCUAGUAGUUCGGAAGAAAGAAGGAAAAAAAACGGAAGAAAAAAAAUUGGAAAGAAAAGAAGAAAGGCAAGACGUGUUGUACGAACGAAAAAAAAAGAAAGAAAGAUGAGCACUGAUUCCAACAGCAGUGAUUCAGAUGAACACAUAAGGAAGAAAAAAAGAAUUAAUAAGAAAAUAAUAGAAACCAAAUCUAUUAUUGAUGGAGAUAUAAAUAAAAUAAUAUCAAAGUCUACUGUGAUACUUUCACCUUCAGAUAGAACAAAAGUAUUACAUUCAGUAACUCCAGUUAGUAAGAAAGUUAAAAAAGAAACGGAUGAAAACAGAGAAUCUAAGCUAUCAACAGAAAAAGUCACUGCUGAUAUGAGCGUACAUAAUAAUGAAUGUUUAAAACAAAAAAAAGAAAGUAAAGAAAAUCCUGGUGAGAACUUCAUAGAACAAUGGGAAAUGGAUUCUAUGAUGGCGAUGCAACAAAAUGACGGUGAUACCUCAAGUCAGGAUCAUAUUGGAGAAUUGGAGAAAAUGGAUGGUUUAGAAAAGAGCAAAUAUAGAAGGAGAAGGAAACAUAGUCGAGAUAAUGUUCAGCAAGACAAAGAUAAAUCGUCUAAAGAUAAUGAAGAAAAAUUUCAUGAGAAGAAAGUAAGAUCAGAUGAGGAAGUUGAAGCAGUAAGAAAGAAAAGAAAAGAGAAAGAGAAAGAUGUUAGAACUAGCGCCGAAUUUCUUGUAAAAUGGGAAAAAGAAGGUGAGCGUAUUACUCAGCAAAUGAUACAAAAUAAAGUUAAGAAUCCGAAAAAAAUUGAAAAACAGAAAAAAGAAAAAUGGGGAGAAACAGAUUUUGAUACACUGAAUGUCCCAUCCUUAACACAACUCGAAAAAGAGGUAUACGAAAAGCAACUUCUAGCGGAUGAAUGGGAAGUGGAUAGUUUGGAAGCAAUAUCGGAUUUAACUAUGGGCAAACGAAAAAAUAGUCAGAGUUCAUUGAAAAAGAUAGAAAAAGAAGUUAGGUAUGAUAAGAAAACAGAUACUUAUAUUGCAAUAGAAAAGGAAAGUGUAAGAGAAUUGAAAAAGAGACAGGAACGUUUAUGUGCAAUAAGAAUAUGGGAAGAAGAACAAGAGGAAGGUGAAAGAGAAGAAAUGAUGCUCUUAGAACAAAAGAAUAAACGUAAAAGAGAUGACUGGGAUAUAGAAGAAGAAUCCUUUUUACAUAGAAAUAUCGAAGAAACGGCAAUUUGUAAGGUUAAUGAUAUUGUUGAAAUAGGGAAAGAGUGGACUAAAAUAGAUGAAGAAAAUAUCAAAGAGGAUGUAAAUAAAGUAUUAAAACCAAGUUCUAAACGAGUUAAAAAGAGUCGUUGGGACAUGGGUUCGCAAUCUGAGGAACAACUAGAUUCUAAGGAUAUAUGGGAAGAAGAAUAUGCGGAAUGGACUAAGAUUAACAAUCAUGAGCAAGAACUUGAAAAGACAAAGAAAGAGUUUUGUACUACAGAUUAUUCAGAAAAAUCAAUUAAAUCUAAUAUGAUAGAUUUUUAUCAUAAAAAGGCACAAAAUAGAGAGUUAUUAGAAAAAUCAUGGACAUCGGAAGAAGUAGCAAUCAGACUUGAGGAAACAAAGAAAGAUGUAUCAAUGAAACAUUUAAUUUCUACAAAAACAAAUGAAGAACAGCUUACAUCUAUUAAGAAGGAACAUCAAGCUAGAAAUCAAUUGGAAAACAUUUUUGAGUCUGAUGUAAAGUUCAAGGAGAAGAUUAUGGAAUUAUAUAGUCCUAGUUCUCCGGCGCUUUCUCAAAAGUCUCAGGAUAUAGAAGUAUCUAAUGACAGUAAUGGUUCUAAUCUUUUGAAUCUUGAUGAGAAAAGAGAGAAAAAAAUAUUAAUUACAGCAGAUAAACUAUCAAUUCCUAUGUCUGAUAUAUCUUUACAAUUAACAAAAUUACAUGAUAUUAAGUAUGGAUCAAAAACUGAAAAAAUAGGAGAAAUUUUAAAUAAAGUACAAUUAGAAGAUAAAGAUUCUACCCAUGAUUUUGAUCUUAAAAAAGCUGAUAAUUUGUUUGAUGACUUAUCAAUGAAUGAAUUGUGUCCAAAGACAAAGAUACAAAGCUCAGAACAUAUGGAUAUUUUCGCAGAAUGUGGAACACAGAAUGUAAGCAUUAGACGACAUACUAUGAGUACCAAUGUAAGCUCGAGGAAACAUACAAAAGGUGAUGAAGCGAAUGAAGGAAAGAAUGCUCUUAAACUCAUUCCUAAACAACUCUUGAUUCGUCGUACUAAUGAACAAGUAAAACCGAAACGUAUUUUAGAAGCACCAUUACAGAAUCCUGCUCAACAUGCAGCAGCCUUGUUAACAAUACAAAAGAAGCUAUUAGAAUCACAUGCAUUAAAAAACGAUAUUAGAGAAUUGCCGAAUGCAGAGCAAACAGAGCAGUUGAGACAUGACAUAAUAAAUAAUAGCGAAAUUAAUACGCCAUUAGACACUGAAUUUGAUAUGGUUUCCAAAUCGUCGGAAACAGCGAUAAGACGAUCCAAAUCCCCAGUAUCAGAGAAAGCAAUUUUUAUUCGUUCUGAAUUAUCUGAGAACUAUGAUAAAGAAAGCAAAAACAGUGUAAAGAAAAAUAGUCAAAACAAGAGUAGUCGAAAUCUAAAUGAUACUAAUUUUCAAUUAGGUCUAUUAUCUCCUGUCCACAGAAGGAAAAGUCCUAACAAGAAAGAAAGUGAAAAACAAUAUUCAUAUAACAAAGAUAAGAACGAAACAAAGUCCGAUGAUAUAGAAAAGCCUGAUGCAAAGGAUUCAAGAAGUUAUAAAGCAGAUUUUGUAAAUAAGAGAAAAUUGAGCCCUUUAGGACGUGAAAGAAGAAGAAGAAGCAAGAGUCCACAUGUUUCGUGGGAGAGCGAAAGUGGAAGUCCUGGUCCUGGCAGUUGGAGCAGAAGUCAUAGUAGAAGUCCAAAGAAGAAGGACGAAGCUACUACUAGUACGCGAGAUAGAGAUAAGAAAAAGGAAAAAUAUGAUAAUGAGCGAUCAAGUAGAUCGUGGAUGGAUGAAAAAAGAGAGAGAUAUGCGCGGUCUCCAAUAUGUUCUACUUACAAUGAAGAUAACUUUAGAAAACAUGGUACUGUAUCUUCUAAGAGCAAUCGUGAUGAUUGGAAUAGAAAAAGACAUAUGGAUAGAGAUUAUGAAAAAGAUACUAGAUCUUACGAUUCAAUAGAGAUUUUGAGGGAUAGAACAAUGGAAUCUGAAAAAUAUAGGCACAACAGAUUUCAUACGGAAGAAUUGAAUCAUACGUUCUGGCAAUAUGAAAACAGCAAUAUCUUACGAGAUAGUAACGAAUCUAUGGAUUCUUAUGCUAUUGGACAAGAUUUGCCUCUUGAAUAUGACGAUCGAAUGUAUUAUAGAGAAAGAAGUCUAGAAAGGGAUAUGAUACAAUUUUCACCUAAAUCAUUAUUAAAAUAUAGAAGAAGAUCUAAUAUAAAAAAAGAACGGCAAUGGGAGAAAGACAAAGAUUCUUUAGAAUUGGAUCGUCAUAGAUAUCCAGAACAUAGAUUACGAAAUCGGACACCACCGCGAUCAAGGUAUUCACCUAUGCGUCAAGCUCCAGAACGAUUUCGACGAAAAUCUAGAUCACGCUCGAGAUCUUGGUCGCCGUUAAGAUCCCGAACGCGAUCUAGAUCGAGGUCGGAAUCGCGUUCCAGAUCGAUGUUAAAAUCAAAACCAAUAAUGAGAUCACAAUCGAGAUCAAGAAGCAGAUCUCCAUUGGAUACGAAAUCAAGAGAGAAAUCAAUUUCUAUGUUGAAAUUAAGAAGCCCAGAACAUGGGUUUAGAAUAACUGAAUUGCAAUCUUCCAGAUCUUCACCUGGAAUGGACAGACUGAAUGAAAUAGGAAGAGAAAGGAAAAACGAAGAUGAAAAUAAAAAUUUAGCAUGUGGCGAAAGGGGCAGACGUAUAGAGACUAUUGUUCAGUCAGGAGUUACAUCGGCAACAAGCAUCCUAAAUUCAGAAAUGGAUAUUAAUAGCAAUAUGGAUACAACUGUUGCAAACUUCCAAUAUGCAAAUGAAAUAGAGGAUGGAAAUGAAUAUUAUUAUUCAGAAAAUAAUCUUACUUAUCCCCCUUGUAUGGAUGAGUCAUCUACAAGUUCCCCAAAACGGUUAUCUCUUGAUGAUAGAUUAGAAUUAGAACUAGGUAUUAAGAAGCAUGGAAAGGAUUCUACUGAUAUAAUUGCAGAAUAUACUACUAACUUCAAUCCUAAUAUUGUCGCAUAUCCAUCUUCUCCUUCACAACAGCAACAACAGAUGAUAUAUAGACAGCAACCUACAGUUGUACAAGUUGGUAAUGUCUUACAAGUAGUCCCUGCCGAUUUCAAUGGUGCACAAUUGAUGCAUCGAGAAGUACCUGCUGCAAUAGUAACUCCGCCCGUACGAUCUGGAUCCAGUCAAGUAGUUCGGGUAGGUAACGUUCUUCAAGUAGUACCUACAUCGUUAGAUUGGAGUAACAACGGCAAUGACGGCAGCAACGGUGACGAUGGUAGUGGUGGUAAUAAUAGUAGUAAUAGUGGUGGCAACGGCAGCGGUAGCGGUGGCGGCAGCAGCAACAAUGGUCAGUCAUCAUCAACUACAGAGCAGUUAAAUGGAAUUUUAUAUUCUUCAACAGUCCCAGCAACUUCGCCUUCGACGUCUUCGAUUUCUAUGUCUGUACCCAUUCCCGUCCCAGUUCCAUUACCAGUACCACCUACCUUAUCCGCAACGAGUACUCUCGCUCCUAUCACGACUAUAUCACCUGCUGCUCCACUGCCAUUGUCAUUGCCAGUACCUGUUCCUGUGCCAAUUCCAAUCCCAUCCAUAACCACAGCGUUUUCGAGGAACGAGAUUCAGCCACAAAAAAUAGUUCAACCUGUGUAUAAUUACGAAGCUAUACUUGAAACACGCCGUAAGGAACGAGAAGAACGUAAACGAUUACGUGAGUUACGCAGAAAAGAGAAAGAACGUAGGAAAAUAGAACGGGUUAAUCGACGAGCUCUACGAUUAUUGGAAAAAAACAAAAUAUCCCGACAAACAAGUGGGCUUUUGUUAGAUCACUACAAGGACUCAGUUAUGGAUCCAUCAGUUUUGAAAGCAUUGAAAGAGGGUGAAGAAGUUGAAACUGGAUCUCCAUUAAUUAAUUCCAUAAAAAAGGAAGAGGCAAUGUCUAUUAAAGAAGAUGAUGAAGAUGUCGCUAUGGAUGAAGAAGAAGAUGAUGAUGAAGACGAGAUUGAGGCUGAAGCAGAAGAUGAUGAAGAAGAAGAAGAAGAAGCAGAAGAUGAAGAUGAAGAUGAUGAUGAUGAAAAACAGUUACAAAUUAAUCAACGGAUUGAAGUUGACGAAAUAGCAACCAUUGAUAUAAAUAAGGAUCACACAGAAAUCAAAACUAAGAAAGAUUGGCCGAAAUCAUCAUUUCUACCAUUAAAAAGCAUUUUAGUUAUACCAGGAUUUAGAAAAGACGAGAUUUCCAAUGGCAAUUUGGAUGACUUGUUCAAUACGGAUGAUGAUACUAAGGAUGAUAGCAACAAAGAUGAAGAAAUAAAUGAGACUAAUGAAUUCAAUAAAGAUGCGGGAUCUGCCAAAUCUGGUAAAUUAAACUUAACAAAAUUGAAAAUAACGAAAAAUAAAAAAUCAGUUCAGUUCGCUGAUGGUGUAAAACCUGGCGAAGGGACUAGUCCUAGCGGAGGUGAAGGUGACAUGCCUUCACCUCCUCCUCCUAAAGCGAUAGUUUUUCGUGAAGGAUUCAAAGACUUAAGAAGGGACAAAUUUUACAACUCUCGAAAAAGUAGAAAACAUGAUAAGAGAGCAAGACCACCAAAAACAAAAAAGAAAGUCAAGGUAAAGAUAAUCAAGUUGAAGAAACCACGUAUUACUCCAUUGACAGCUAUGAUGAUGGAUGAUUCUGAUGAAAUGGAUGAUCGUUCGCCACCCCCGCCGCCUCCCGGUUCUCCACCACCACCUCAUCUCUGGCCUACUUAUCUCUCAAUCUAUAAUACAACCGUUCGAGCAGUCGAACAACCACAAACUGUAACUACUAUCUUAACACCUGUCCAAGCUCCUCCACCGCCGACUCCGUUGCCUCUUCUAAUUCCGCCUCCUCCAUUAAAUUAUACCAUCCAACCUUGCAGUAAAUCCUAAAUUAACGCUAGCACAGUUUUUGUAAAUCUUUUAGAGCAAACAAUUUUUUUCUUAUAAAAGUAAAGAUAAUAAAAUAUCUGUGCACUAAAUCAUAUUGACUAUAAGAGUAAAGUAAAAACUGUAUAUUAAUUUUUAGUUUAGAUUUCAAUAAUGAUAAAGUUACAAGGAUAAAGGCUGUCAAGAAUAUGUAUCAAUAAUUAAUGUUGUAAAUAUUCUCGCAAUAUAAUCUUUUCCGACCAAGAAA